AUGUUGUCCAAAAUCCUGAUCGCGUCGGCUGCGACCCUCGCGGCGCUCUCUGGCUUGGCCAAUGCCCAGACUAAUAUCACCGAGAAAGCCUGUGCCGCCACAUCCGAGUACUCAAAGUGUAACAGGGACGUCGCGGACAAGUGGAGCUCCUGCCUUCGAGGCUGUAACGGCAAUGGUAACUGUGCCGUGGAUUGUGGCUGCGAGUCCCACCAGAAGUCUACUCCUGCAAAUACCAGCUCUUCGUCCAGCAGUACUUCGCCGUCUGCCCCAGCGCCAAAGAACCAAUCCCCUUCUGGCCCACCCCCAGACAACGCGCCAAACCGCUGCUCUUGCGACAUAGGCAAAAUCACAAAAACGACCCUAUCAUCCCGCAAUCAGCAGAUCAAAUGUAUGCGCGACGUCACCGACAAACUCGACAAAGACAUCGACAACAUCCAAGACCUAUCGAAACUGAAAGACGGUCUUGAUAUCGCCGAUCGCGCCUCGGACUGUGCCUGCUGCGGAGCCAGCGCUAGUAUCUCCGCAUCCUGGGAUAUCUGCCCACACACCGAACCCAAUCUCGCUGGCGCAGACAUGUGGGGAGUCUUCUUCCCCUCCGAUCAACCCAAUCUAUACAACUCCCUUCCGAACUGGGCGUGGUCCUCAUGCGACGACACACUCAAAGACACAAAGUGCAAGGACCUUGGUUUUACGGACACGGAUAAGUUCUAUAGGCCCGGGGAUUUGCCCAAGAACGGUACUUCGACACUGCACGAGGUCGGUGGUACUGUUACGGCGCCUCCUAGCGGUACGGUUCUGGUUUGGUCCCAGUCUUCGACUACUUAUACCGUGACCGCGACUGGGUAUGACCGAAAGGCUGUUGCUAGUCAGAGUGAGUACCGUGCUACGGCUACCGGGAGUGAUGCAGCGUUUGCGACGCAGACUUCUGACAGUGGAGCUGCGGCUGUGAGGAAUGGUGGUGUUGGUGCAGUUGUGGCUGCUGUUUUUGCGGUUCUUGUGUUGUAA